AAGUCUGCAAAUAUCGUUUCUGCGCAGGUCGAAAUUUCGACAAUAUAUAUACUCCUCCUCGACGGGAAGAAAUUAUUAUUCCGAAAAAAACCGUCAAACAUAGUUAUCACUAUUAAACAAAAUCAUUAAUUUUUAAUUGUUCGCACAAAGUGAUCAGACGGCUGUCUCAAAAGUAUCGGCUAAUUUAAUUAUAUAGAUAUUAUAAAAUUAAAACAAUUUGAUUAUUUUAAAUUCAAUCUUGAGUCAACUCAGUGAUUUAAUUGUUUUAGAAAUUAAAUAAAAAUAAUCACAAUGACGUUGAUUAAAAAUAUUAUUUUGAGUGCAUUGUUCGCUAGUGUUUCGUGCUACGAAUUAAAAUACUUCAAUUUAUCACCAACGAAUCCUCCAAUCACACACACAAAUAUGGCUCAACUUUUUGAACUUUGUUUUGCAAAUACAUCAAAUCCAAUAGUCAUAACUGAGAACUUAGUAGAGACAUUUCACAAAAAUUUGCCGAUUACAAUAAAGGCGCCUGUCAUUAUCAUCAACAAAAAUUUUAUCUCCAAAGACAUUCAACUGCACUAUCCAACUUAUCCGAUGUUUAUUUUAUCAGUGUCGAAUUUUAGAGAAAUAGCUGAGCUCUUCAGAAUGUUGUACUUUUCACCGUUAUGGAGUCAAAAUUCAAAAUAUUUUGUGAUCUUCGAAACCGAAAACUCUUGCGAGCAUCCAUGGGAAAUUUUCGCCGUACUGGAUGUGGUUCAACUGUUAUCAUCUAUCUUAGUAUGCUCUAGAACCGGUAAUGAAACCAGUCUGUAUACUUAUAAUCCAUUUACAAAUCGAGCACCCGAUCCUUGGGUCGCAACUAAUAUGAGUUCGUCCAACUGGCGUAAUCGACUAGUGUCUCUUUACAAUCAAUCUUUCACAAACGAUUAUAAAAUAUGUGAGACUCUAUUUUUCGACAAAACUAAAAUUCUUGAUGGUUAUCCCGUUAAAAUUGCCGCAACACAGAAAACCAUUAGUCCUGAAAUAGUUUACAUAUUCGAUUCUUUAAACAUGAAACAAGAACAUAUAUUCUUUGAACUUAAGGAUUUGUUAUAUUCAAUAAUUCCAUUAGUAGCCAAUGGAACUUACGAUCUCCUUGGCAUCCCAAUUACUGGUGAAAUACAUAAUUAUAUUUUACACAGAGUGCCAGUGAUUUUUGACAUGUCUUUUAUAAUAGUAACACAAAAGGCAAGUUUUUUAUCAGCAUCUUAUGAAAUUGCAAAUGUAUUCGAUAUUAAUGGAGCCAUAGCGAUAAUUUUUAUUCUUCUUCUAAUUACCCUCUUGAUUGUUCUGCACAAUGAGUACCAGAUCGGAUUGGCUAUUCUGGAUGUCCUGAAGCUGCUGAUGAGUAUGGGGAUCGAUGCACCUCUCGACCGACUCGCUAUGAAAAUCACCUUCUUCACGGGAUUUUUCUUCGUUUUUUUAUUUAGUCCAUUGCUUGAGGGACAAAUAUUUGCCGUAUUAUCUCGCCCGCCGACUUAUAACAUGGAGUCCCUUAAAGAUUUGUACGAUCAUAAGUAUCACGUAUAUUAUGCGUCGGAAAUCCAUUAUAAUAUUUUACAAGAGCAAUUAUGGAAAACUGAUGAGGAUAUGAAGCACUUACAUCCCUUAGACAUAUAUGUCGGCGCAGAUGAUUGUUUGAAACUACUUAUCAAAAACAACACGGUCGCGUGUAUAUUUCAAGAUUGGGAACUAAUUCCGCACGCUGUUAAACACAAUUUGCAUAUAUCCAAACGUUUCACGCUGAAAAUACCAGCUUAUUAUAGUACGUGUCGAUCUUGGCCUCUGGCGGAUCGAUUUUACCGCAAAUUAUUAGAUCAAGAAGAAUUGGGAACCAUAAAUGGUUUAAAGCCCAUGUACAUAAACAAAUCACUGAAGAAAAAGAAAGUUAAGGAGAGGAUUCAAAAAAUCGUUGAUUAUCAAACUAUCGAUGCUGUAGAUUUAACGUAUUUAUAUGUAUUUAUGGCAUUUUUCCAGUCCUUGGCCAUUAUUGUAUUUGGUAUUGAGUAUAUUGUCGGACGUCAUCGCCGUCCAAGACAAUAAAAAAUAAAUAGUAUAUUACUCUACAAGGGCAGAAAGUUGGAGAUUCCUGCACUGUGCGUCAUGAUGCCCGAGGCGAAGCCGAGGGUAUCAGACGCGCAGUUCAGGGCUCUCCAAAUUUCUGCCCGUGUAGUGUAUACUAUUUUUCUUUAUACCCGGACGAAAGUACGUUGACAAAUCAAAGAUGUAUAAAUUAUAUAACCACGUUUUAGCAUGUAUUGAUGCCUGCCCCGACAUUUGCGGCACGAGCGAAGCGAGUGCUGCUGGUCGGGGGGCAGGCAUCAAAUAUAUCUACAAAAAAAAUGAUCAUUACAAAUUGUUAAAAGAAAUAAUUGUAAUUAUGAUCUUUUCGGUAACAGACAAUUAACAAUUUUCGGAUUUUAAUUUUUUUUUCAAAUCCAUUACAAAAAAAUAAAAACUAAAAAUAUGCUCUUGUAGAAAAUUUAAAAAAACUUUAGGCAUAAUUUUUUAAAUAAUUUUUUAAUUUAUAAUUUAUCGUUUAAAAAAAAAUCAAAAAAUUAGUAGACAUCGGCUGACUUCAGUAUCAUAAAUAAUUUUUUUCUAAUUAAUAAAUUUAUUAAAAAUAAUUUUUUGUGAUUUUAUUAAUCUUAAGUAAAUUUUACUUUCCCAAAAACACAGACAUAUAAAAUUUCAAAUUAAUUUUAGACAAGUUUUGAGGUUAUAAAUAUGAGCGAGAGUGUCAGCAAAUCUCCUCGAAGUGACGGUAGUAUGCGUAUAACCGGGUAACAGUGUGCACGAAAAACUCUUUCGUCCCGCUGUUACUUUCUUUCUGCCCGCUGUUAUAGAUGGCGCGCAAGUAAUCCCAGCACAGCAGAAAUGUUAGACUUUCUGCCGUAAACUCGAGGCCGAAAGUACGUACUUUCGUCCGAGUAUGAAGAAAUAGUAUAUUACAUACCUAGGCCAGUAAAAUAAGAAAAGUCUCAGAGCACAUGUAAUUGUUGGCCGAGGCGAAGCCGAGGCUGACAAACAUGUGGUCUGAGGCUUUCUUUUUUACUGGCCAAGGUGCGUAUACUAUUUUUCUGCUCGACGAAGCCGGAAAGUCGCAACUUCGUUUGGGGCAGCGGCCCGAAAGUUGCCACUUUCCGGCCGGAGGGCAGAAAAAUCCAUUAACUUAAAAAAUAGUGUUUGUUAAUAAGUGUAGUCGUGUGUGCUCGGCUUCAUAAAUACGAUCACUUGGAUUAUAUUUCAUUUACAAAAUUCAAGGUCAAUUUAUUUUAAUUAAAUAGUUUAUUAACUAUCGACUGAUAAAAUUCGUGAGUGUGAAAUCCAACAUUCGACUGUCGGCUGUUUAUUCCAUACUAAUAUCCCAGACAGCAUUCAAGUCAGAAUGACUGCUUUACGACGUAUUUUUGAAGGAGUCUUCAAGAAGUCUUAUAAUGACUUCUUAAAGGUGUCAUUUUUAAGAACUCUUAAUUAAGAGUUCUUGAAGACUCCAUGAGUAAGACGUCAGUUUUGUGACGUCUUAAUGUAUUCUUUUUUUAACUUUUUUGAAGUCAAAAUGAAGUCAAAAUUAGGAACUCCUUAAGACGUCAUGGUAAGUUCAUUCUGAAGUCUUAUUUGCGGAGUCAGAAAAAAGAACUCUUUGAGAACUCUUCUUAAAGACGUCUUACUGAGUUCGCUAGAUGGCGCAUUCGACAUCUUGAGAACUUCUUAAAGACUUCUUUAACAUGUUUUUAAGACGUCCAAAUCAUAAAUAGGAACACAUUCAGAACUCAUCAAGACGUCAUUUUGCUAUCUGGGAUUUAUCAAAGUAUGUAACUGCUUACAUAAUUUUUGAGUAUUUGAAUAUUAGUUUAGAGACUGCAGUAAUUAUGUUGUUAAAAAAAUAUAUAUUUUUCUCAACUUCCAAGUCGUGUUGUGAUAAUUUUUGAAUUUAUCUCUAAAUAAUGUAAACUGUAUUUUAAAUAAAAAAAAAAAUAAUUAAUUAAUCUUAAACUUGAC